CAUUACCACUGACCCACCUUACUCAUUCACUGCAAUUAUACUCAUGUAUAUUAGCAACCAUGCCCAACGACCUUUGUCUCAUUCACAACCCUGCAUGCCAUGCGUCAAUCAACCCUUGCCCGUCCCUUAAGGAAACCCUUUGCAUGCAUAGCUUCUCCAGAUGCCACCAUCUUCUCUCCAUAUAUGCUUGUACAUGUUUAUAUCAUGUGUAAAAAAUACUCCAUUUUGAGCGUAGUGAUAGAGAGAUGGGAAAGGGAAAUGGAAGUGAUGAGGUUUUGGUGGUGUGUAGUGAUAGGAAUAUGGGGACAGGGAUAGCAAUGUGGGAUAUGGAAACAGGAGAUCGUAUUAUGCAUAUACCAACUUGUGCUUCUCCUCUUCAUGGCUUGUUGUGUCUGAGAGAUCAGUUUCUUGUAGCUUCUCAGGUUAACAAACAUGGGUCUGUUGGUGGCGGGGCUAUCUUCACUUGGUCAUUGAACAAGCCUCAACAACCUCUUCGAAGCUACCCGCUUGAAGCCAUCGGCCCACUUGGUUGCACCAAGGACGGCCUGUUUCUUGCAGGUGGUUCUCCGUCUGGAAAUGUUUACCUCUGGGAGGUUGCAGGUGGAAGAUUACUGAAAACCUGGCGUGCGCAUUCCAGGUCCUUGAAAUGCUUGAUUUUCUCUAAUGAUGACUCUCUUCUUAUUUCUGGUUCAGAAGAUGGUGUGGUCUGUGUGUGGUCUAUGGUUAGCUUGCUAGAUACAGAAGAUUUUGGAAGCUCAUGUUCAUUGUUGCACUACUCGUCGGAGCAUACAUCCUCCGUCACCGGUCUGUUGACAACAUCAGGCAUUGCAAACUCAACUUUUAUAUCAAGUUCUCUUGAUGCUACAUGCAAGGCUUGGGACGUGUUCUCGGGUAGGCUUAUACAAACUCAGGAUUAUCCACUGGGGAUAACUGCAAUCGUCACUGAUCCAGCAGAGCAGCUCCUGUUCGCUGGAAGCAUGGAUGGAAGAAUAUUUGUUAGCGUGCUUGAUAUUGGACUCCUGGAGGAUCCUUUUGCUGUUGCCGGAGAUGAACCAGUUGUGCUAAAAGGACACAAUGGAUCUAUAAUGGCUUUGACCUUCAGCUCGGUCGGUCUGAUAUCUGCUUCUGAGGAUUGCACUGUCUGUCUCUGGGAUGUCGUUGGUCAGGUGAUAAUACGAAGAUUUAACCAUAAAAAAGGGGCAGUAACCAAUCUUGUAGUGAUUCCACGGUCUUUGCUGCAUUCUGCAUCAAACCAUCGAAGAGUUUCCAAUCAGUUCCGCAUUUCAGUGCUCAGUAAGUGUCCUCAGCCAGCCAACUCAUCUAAUGGGAUUCUCACUCUCCUUCACACAUGUUCUUCCCCCAAGGAUCAUCAGGCUUCUGUGGAUCUCAGAAGAACCAAUUCAUUGGAUCAGCAAAUAUUUGAGAUGGAGCAAGAACAGACACCUGCAGCCAUGCAAAUGAAGGUAGAAACAAGCAUGGACCAUCGUACAUGGGCUAGAAGGAUGACAAAUCAUGUCAUGGAAAUGAACAGCCAUUUGCAAUCUCGUCUGCUCGACUUGAUGCAGACUCGAUUGUUAUUAGCUACUGAAAAUGAUUCACCCACUACAGGAAAGAGUAAGAAGCUGAAGAUCGAAAGUCCACCACUACAACAACAAGAGAAGAUAUCACAACCCCCUAGUUAAUCUUCCAUGAUUUCAAAGCAGGAAUUACCAGGAAAAGAUAUGAAUCUGGCAUUUUAUUAUGUCUUUGUUAGGGUGUAAACAGGAAAGGAUGCAAAAGGUAAAAAGAAGAGAGAUCAAGGGCUUUCUUAUUCUAAUGAUUUUCCAGAGCUCAUGCUAUAGAAAAACUCGAUUCACCAAUUCUUAAGUGCUUACAUUUGCUCAGUAGAAAAAGUAAGGAAACUCUCAUGCCUGUUGUGUAUUUGUUAAGCAGCAGCGCAGCAUUCUUCUUAAUUAUUCCACUCACUGUGGUUGUGUUUCUGGUA